AUGAGAAAUUUAAGAGGUAAAAUACAAACCUUUUAUUCUAAAGAAGGGUUGAAAUCUAAAGAGUAUAAAACAGGUAUUUACUAAGGUGAGUAUAAAAACUAAAAAGGUAAUUUAAGAGAAGGAAAAGGAGUGUUCUAUUGGUAUGGAGGUUAGAUAUACAUAGGGCAAUGGCAAAAUGAUUAGAUUGAAGGAUAUGGAAGAGUUUAUUUUCCUUAUGGAGGAUAGUUUAUAGGAUUCUUUAAAUAAAAUAAAGCUUGUGGAAUUGGUAUUAUGACCCUUAGAAAUUAAAAAAUAUAUGCUGGGAACUGA